AUGCUGCCCGAUUUGGAGAAUUGUGACUGUGAUGAGGAGCGAGAAGCUGAACGUCAAAAUUCCACACGAAGUUGUCCGAGUAGUUUCCCGGCAACGGUAACACGUCGUGCACAAUUCCCACGUCGCUCGCUGAAAGAGUUACGAAUCGACGUUGGGAAAAAUUUAGAGCCGUUGGUGCAUCGAGCUCGUUUGCACGGUUUGGAACGAAUUGCUGAAGAUCCAGUGUCGCCGGCUAUUGCGGAUGAGAAGCCAACCGCUCCACCUCGAACGAUGCGUGCCCGUGCCAAAGUUGGUGUCGCGACCGUAGACACGCGUGCAACCUCACCGGCUGCUUCCGAUCCGCCGCCUAGCGAACGGAGUGUAGCCGAACGUAUCGAAGAGACGCUAAACGCCCACUACUAUACCAUAGCCUAUACCCUGGUCAUUGUGGCGUAUCUUGUCGGUUUCGCCGAAUAUCUUUACUUCCGACUAGUCUCGAUUUUGAUCCCAGAGCACACUUACUAUCAUCCGAGUUGUCAAGAAAAACAAGAUCGUCGAGUAGGCAAAGAUGGCUUCCACUAUAGCGUGUCAAUUGGGGCAUUCAUUGCGAUAGCACUAUUUCAAUUGAUUAUCGUGAAGAUGAAGCACGAUUUAGCUGCCCAUAUACGUAAAACCAUUAGCCAAUCGAUGUAUCGUACAUUUUUGUGUUACGGUAUUUGUUCAUUUAUCAACUGUGGUAUCAUAUUCUACAUGGUUGCUAUACAGGAUGCUCUAGAUGAGACGGGUACGGUAUUACUGUAUGUUUUUGAUGGUGUUGUUAUACUGUACUUCCUCGCGUUUCCGCUUACCACAGUGAUCUACCAUCCGCAUGUGCACUGUUUUCAGAGUCAUCCCGGACGAGCUGCACGUCUUCCAUCAUUCAUUAUCAAUGGAAUUCGAUCACAAACAUCAACACUGGAAAGUAAUCUUUCUCAAGAAGCUGCCCAACCAUCAGCCGUGGCCUUUUCGCCUCAAGAAAUAGAAGAAGAACACAAUGCAAAUCCGGCUGUAGCUCCUUCAGAGCCCAUAGAGCAGCCUUUAGGUCACGUUAUCCUACGACAAUCCUCUCCUACCAGUACUGCAGUCUAAAGCAGUGAUUCCUUUAUUAAAUGAAGCCAAGUCACUUUUUUAUUCUAAAAGAAUCUCCAAAAGUGCAUUUGAACAUAAUUUAUUCUCAACACCCAGCAUUUUCAUGAGCUUUUAAUACAUGUUGCUUUAAAAUUUUUUACACUUUUUUAUACUCGAAAAUUUCCAUCCAAACAUAUCAAUCUAUUUACAUGCAUACCACUAUGUCUUUAUCCGGGUAUGUUAUACUAUAUAAUUUCUUUAAUUGGGGUCUACGUGCCUCUGAGUCGCGUUUGCGCGACAAAUGUAAAAUUUUUGCUCACUUCUACUUUCUUGUGAUGUGUUGAAUGUUGUGAUAUCGAUC